AGAUCCUCAUGUGCAUAAUCAUAAGCUAGUAGAACUAGCUCUUGUGGAGAUUAGUUUUCCUGCUUCUCACAUAGAAGACCUGCAUACUACAAUCCUUCUACUUUGCUAUAAGAAUUACAUAAAAUAAAAAGCGUGAUUGAAUGAAUGAGUGCUAAAUUGAACGGCGAAGGUUUAGGUCCAGCGACGCUCAAAGCACUUAAAUAAACAGCCGGCUUGUUUUCCUCUUUGUUCUACUUUUAUAGGCUAUGGGAUCAACAACUACCAAGAACAACGCAAUGAACAACUACGAGCAGUACAACGCAAUGGUUGACGCGCGGCGAAUGAUUGACUCGCAGUCGCAUCCUUCGGCUUCAAAUAGGGAGAAGAAAAGAUGCAUCUGCGACUGGCGUCGUAUUGUAUUCGGCUUUCGUGGAUUUUGGUUCCUCUUCAUGACGAUUCUUGGGAUCGUUUUGGCGGCAAGCUUGCACAAAAUGGGGAAUGUUAUGGCACGAGGACAGAUGCUGAUAGCCAUGAAGAUUCAAGACCUCCUCUAAGACCCUCAACGUCAACAGGAUGAAAAUCUUGUGUUGAGAAAUAGGCAAUGAGCUUCCUAUGAUAUGUUGGUAAAAAGUAAAUCUCCGGAUCUAGUUGUCUGCCCACUCGCACUCGAUCUCGAAUGGGCAGAUCUAUAUUCCUAUCUCUCUAAGACCACCAACAUCAACAUGGGUCCCACAAUCCGUCCGCUGGACCAAGUACUCGAUGGAGUGGCGGACAUUAUUGGUAGUGCAUUACCUCCAUUACGGCUUCGGCUUGUCGAUCUGAGUAUUAUUGAUGUUGUAUUUAUAUUAAUUCUGAAUGUAUAAAUAUGUAACUCAUCUUCGAGAUAAUACAGUGACUUACAUACUUAGAUCGUUUUGGGUAUCAUUCUACUGGCAAGGCUAUUCGUCCUUGUCCUUAAUUAUUGAUCGCAAAAAUCUAGUCCUGUGCUGCUCAUCAAUAUUUUAUUCUGAAGCACUGACUGUCGAAUGAGGAUGGACAAGGAUUGAUUCUUCUUUACAGACCACUCCUGUUUAGAAGCAUCCUGCUAAUGGUUGCGAUGUCCUCGAGAGAUUCAAGAGGAGAUGGAGAAUACGGCUACCCGGAUGAAAAUCCUCUAACCACGAUGGGAGGCACCCUCCAAGAUGAGGCUUUUCGGCAUAUCGAUGAGUAUCUUUGUUGAUACGUCGAUCGAUUCUAGUAUUUGAUCAUCAGCAUGUAGAUGAUGUUGAACUAAAAAAGAGUACUAGAUGAAUGAUUAUGAUUUUCAUUUUGAUUAUAUUUAUACAUGGGAAAUCUUAGGCAGAUCGCGGCCGAGUAGAUUAAUAGCGUUAGCAUAUUUAUAAUAUACAUAGAUAGUGCGACUUCGUCUUGCUCUUGUUUUCGUAUGAUAAUGAUUUCAACAUGGCUUCGGAUCAUUCGGUCAUGAUGAGCACUCAAAUAACUAGUCUCCGCAACAUUUUCAACACGACAGGAGUUUGAACAUGUCUGCUGGAUUAGCACUCGAUUCGGUGAAAGUGGUUGUCGAAGCCUGCGGAUUAAGAGAAUCGUUUCCGAACCUUCACCACGUUUUCGUCUCUCCUUUCGUGGAAGAGCUGGAAGAAGCAGCGAGAGUGCAACUACUAGGGUUUAGGGUGCGAAUUGGAGCACUAGGUCCGGGUUGGGUACGUCGCGGUCUGCAAAGGGUGCUUAGCCAUCUGGUCCGCUUGCUUCUGCUUCUCACGUGCUUGCUCUACCUUCCGCAGCUCGGCCUGUCGUGGAUCCCGUGUUGCAGCAGCAGACUGAAGAGAAACUGUUUCGUCCACAUAUGCUUGUGGGGUCUGCUCUUCCUCCUUGUCGCAGAGAUGGCUACGUACUUGUAUUUCGGAAUUUCAGUGACGCGGUUGAACAACCACUUGUACAAUAUGCUCCUGAUCCGCGGUAACCAGUGUGAUAUGGCUACCGUUCUUUGGCACGCAGACGCCCGUGGGCGUGACAUUUCCGUUGCUCGUAACAUUGUAGCACGAAUGAAUGAAGGUCCAGAAGGAUUCGAGCGUGGAGCCAGAUUUUCCAUUGAGGAUUAUUUUCUUAUGAAUGAUAGACAACUGCAACUCAUGCGGCGCAUCAACAAGCCACCUUUUUUAGACUAAAAGUCUUCUAGCGUAACAUUACACAAAGAGUUAAGGUUAACUACUUCUAUGUUUCGGAGAGAAGCCUUUUUUAGACUAAAAGAGUUAAGGUUCUUAACUACUUCUAGUAGAAGCGGCCGACCCAAUUAGAAUGAAAAGAUUCUUCUUGUUCCGUCUAGUACGAGUUCUUCUACACUAUCAUCAACAAGUACCCCUAGGCUUGUCUUGGCACUUAUCUUCUCACGCUUUUUAUAACAGCUAUCUUAUGAUCAUCGAAGCAAGAACUUCUAGUUCUAUAAAAGUUGGUGUUCUAGCUGUGGUUGUAGUUGUAAGUAUAAGUACACUGGAGUAGUUGAGUGACCUCGUUACAAUGUAGUUCUACUUCUUGAGUGACCUUGUAGUAGAAGUAGUAGUUGAUGACUAUUUUAAAAAUAAUAUUGGUACAACUAUUAAUACAGUACUAGCGGCACUACCUCCUCUACCUCCGACGAGAACAAUGUCACAAAGAACCAUAUAAGAACAGAGACUGUACUAGUACCAAACCAUUCUUAACAACAUCUUCACUCAAGAACAUCUUCAUCUGUGACUGUAGCUCCUUCGCAAUCGGGUCCAUCUGGAGUGCGAUCAUAUUCUACAUGCUGGUCGUGCAGGCGUCAUUUAUCGCUGCGAACUUGGGAGCGCUGUUCUGCAAAUCUGGAUUAGAAGAAGAGGAAGACGUUUUUAAGAUUCUUUUGUACAAUCAUGAGAAUUGUUUGUCCUCUAGUUGUUUCUCAAAGUUUACAUUUUCAACUUAGGGUUAGUUCAGAUACUUGUCGCUUCUAUUCGUUUUCAUUAGUAUAGCCCUGCGUGAGGCUUCGUCGUGACGUAACUCUAUGACGACGCCAGUAGGCAUUCUGCACUGGUGACCUUUGUGCGAGAUGUUAAUUGCAUUGUAGGGUGGAGAAGAAUCAUGACUCAGUACAGAGAUCUUAAUACGAAGAUCAAUCUUUCGUCGGCUGCAAGCUACUUAUUUCGCUUGUUGUAGUUGUUUGGUCUUCAUAGUGUCAUCAAGAAUACGAAGAUCAUGUCGUCGAUGCCCAUGCCAUUGUGAUCAAAUAUAACUUCUAAAAUUCUUGAAAACGAAAUGAAGCAGCAACGCGACAAACUGGCCCACGAUCAACAUUCUUCUGGACCUGGUGUUGGAUACUACGAGGUCCAAGAAAACAACCAAGAAGGUGGAUUAGGUCACUGUGCACCUGCAGGAGCAUUAUACCAGGAAUACCUAUACCAAUACGGAGACCAAAAAUCGCGUGCCUAUCAGCAUUUUACUGCUGGAGACGAGGACGACGAUUCUAUCAUUCAUGUGACACACGACGAGGGGCCGCUGGAUGUUGAAGCGGAAUACCUGCUUGGUGAUCGUCGUGUUUGAACAGAAGUGGAUAUCGUCGUCUUGACGGGUUGCCAUGGUGUUUCUUUUUGGUGAAGGUGUUGAGGUGGCUACAUUAAUAUUAUUAAUCGACUAAAAAGCAUUCACUGGAGGAAGGCUUGUCAUUAACCAUUAACAAGUACUAGAAGUGACGUGACCGUCGAUACCAAAUAAUAUUCAUAAUGAAGAUCAAGUUUUCCUUUUCUUGUUGUAGCAUGAAAACAAGGUUGUCGUUGUUAAUAUUUGAUGUAAAUGCGACGUCGCGGUCGACGUUGUCGUAGCCGUAGCGUACGCCUACAUGUUGAUCAACAUCUACCGCGAAGAUGAAGACUUGUUAGUCUAAGUAGAUAACAAGAUGAUAAUAUGAUGACAAGGAAGUGUCCUCUCUUGCGCUGAAAACGUAGUUCUUGGGAGUAGUGUCUUGAAACCAGUUGUUGAAACAAGAGUCUUCCUUCUAAUCUGAGUAAAAAUGAGAACAACGACUAAGUACUAUACCACCUCUUUAUCUCUACUAUGUAGUUGUCUAUACUUUAUAAUUGACUCGUCGAAAAUGUUGGGUUAACAAGCACGACAACGUUUCUGAUCAUGCAGUAGCUGUAGCAUGGACGACGAUGACAUGUGCCAACAUUGAAGAACCUCACAAUUGCAAGAAGUCUCGUUUAUUUCUUUCUUUGUUUAUAAUUGCUGGAGCUCUUCACUUCAGAAAAGCUAGGAGA